GUCUGGGACUUGAUUCUCUCAACAACAACAACAACAACAACCACAACAACAACAACCAUAUCAUGACUCGAAGAAUCCGAAUUCAAUCUUCAACGGUCAAGCCAGCCUCCUCAAUUAAACUUUAAUCCGGUCUUCAUACUAUCCAUCUAUCUACACAUACAUACCAUUGCGAGAAAUUCAUUCAUUCAUCCAUCCAUUCGUUCAUCGAGGUCAUUGUACAACUUCAUCCUACUGCUUUAUUUAAUCUGUGCCUGCCUAGGUCCUGAGGGAUUCCACCCAGCUUUACAUCUUACAUUGCAUUGCAUUGCCGAUACAUGACAUUGUCUUCGAUUCUUCUGGAAGGCGGAUACGAAAGAUUACUGUACUCUUUAUUCUUGACUCGUUACUCUUCCUCGUUACUCUCCACGCUGUACCCUUUCUCCUCUUUAUUGUAGUUACUAUUUUCGUGGGUCUUUGGAAUCCACGUCGAAUGUACGGUUCAUCAUUCAAUUCAAUUCAAUUCAAUUCAACUCAACUCAACUCAACUCAAUACCAGCAUUCACUGUACGCAACAGUCAUCAUUUCUCAAUCAAUCACAUCAUAUUUACAUGCCUGCCUAGGCAUUCGUCCCCAAGCAAGUAGCAACUACCACCAUCUGCAACCUGCGAACACUCUCAACCUUCAUCCUCAAUAAAAAUCCACCGCCCCACCCAAAAGGACCCCAGCCAUACCUAUACAUAUACACAAUGCGUCGCGCAUCUCAAGAUAUGAGUGAUCCCGAUCGUAACAUUAUGGAAUCAAACGGUAUGCCAGAAGAUCCUGUAGACCUCGAUCUCAUAUCCGAGAGAGAAGACUCGCCUUCAAAUCGAAUUCACACACCACCACCACGCAUCGCUGCAAGAUUCUAUCGCCCCAUCAACAAUCGUCGUAAAUCCUCGGCUGCCUCCUCGAGACGAAAUUCCAUUUCAUCGGUUCACUCACAUGGUUCGAGUCGUCAUGCGGCGGGCCACGCCGGGAUGCCGGGUCCGCAGAGUAAUUACAUCGCUCAACAUCUACGUCGAGCGAGUAUACUCGAAGACCGAAAGGCUAGAUUGGCCGAUAGAGCAGCGCAUGCGGAGAAAGUUAGAUUGAGGGCGGCAUUAGCCAAGGCAGCACCGAGAAGUACUACGAAUACAGAGGAAAGAGCUUUAGCAGCGCAACAAGCGAGAGAGAAGAACCUGGCAGAGAUCGUAGCGAGUUGUGCGGAAGAAGUAAAGAGGGCAAAGGGAAUUGCGGAGAGUAUGAAAGAGAGAAGGGAAUUGGAAGGGAAGAAGCUUAGAAAGGAGAUGGAGGAAAAGCUUGCCGAGGCUGAAAGGAGGCGAGAGGAAAUCUUGAGUCGAAAUAAUAACGGCAAACAACGAGGGAGAAGUUUGAGUAAUAUGAGAAAGAGUUCGAGUCCAAGUCCAGUUGCGGAAAUCAAGAAAGCACCCCUUACCGAGUCAGCGGCAGCAAAAAUAAUUCAAACGAGAUGGCGAAUCCAUAGACGUUGGAGGGCACUACAUGAUUUUGCAGAAUUGGGGCUCACAAUUGAUGGAGUUCGCGAGACAUCAUUUGAGAAAGUAGUUGAUUUAUUAGCACAAGAGAAAGUUCUCGUUAGUACGGCACGUAUUCUGAGAAUUUGUGGACUCAAAGAAGGAGAAAGCGGAUCAGUCAAUGAAAUGACAGCAGUCCGAACAUUUCUCAGCGCUUUCCUUAUCCUUGGUCACCCUACACAGGUUUUGAGUAGUAAAGGUGAUAAAGGAGAACAGGAACAGGUAGGAGCGCAACCAAUGAAGAGGGAUGAUUUGGCUAAUCCACAAUUGCAGGACCUCGUUGCAAAAGCCCGAGAUCUUCUUAUUUCUUUUGAAACUGUUUUGUCUAGAUUGACAACUGCAAACAAUUAUACACCUCCUCCAGCUCAGCUUUCAACAUUGUCAGAAGUUUAUGCAACGUUCUUCAACGCUUUUAUCGCUUGGAAAUCGAGAGAUGCAAGUACGCUCAUUGAUAUGAUGGUUUUACAAUUUGUGGAAUUGGAUUCGAUAUGGCAAACUGUGAAAGAUAGUACGGAAGAAUCCGUCACCGAUUCAUAUCGUGAUGGGAUCAGAGACAAUCAACUUAAAUUGAUGGUCAGGAUCAAGAGACUUGCUGGACCAGUUCAGGGGAAGCGAUUAAUUGCGAAUGCUAUCCGAGAAGCAAGAAAGGUUAAACAAACCAAACAACCUACUGGGGAUUCCAGACCUCGUGCGGCAGAAACCGGAUCAGCAUCUCCUGUCAUUGAAGAUUUUAAUGCUUCUGACAAUGCCGUUGCGUCUCAUUUGCAAACUCUCACUCCACCUGCUACACCUGUCAAACAACGCCGUGGACAAGUUACCGAUGCAGAUAAUUUAAGAUCGGUCAAUUCAAUACUUCCAGAUAAUCGAACUUUGGUUCAUGAGUUGGCCAUUAAUAAAGAAUAUCGUAUCUCGAUGGAAGAUUGCCUUCAACAACGAGGGGUCGUUAAUCAACUCAUCUUUGAUUCCAUGAGACAAGAAGUUGCAGCUGGAAACAGUGAUCCUUGGGUUCUUGCAAUGGCCGACAACAUUAAGGGCAAACUUCAACGUCUUCUUACUCCUGGCAAUUCAAUGUACAAACUCAUUGAAGAUUCCCUCGAUACAGAUUUGGUAGCAUCAGAACUCAAGAAUGGCAGGUUCUCUUAUGAAACUUUCUUCAGUUUUAUGGGCAACAUCUUACCUCGUUUAUGUGCUCCUUUCCGAGAUGAUGAGGUAAAAACUCUUACCGAGACUUCUCUCAAAGAAGGAGAUUUUGUCGAUCGUCUUCAAGCAUUGAUGCGCUUCAUCGAUUUAAUGCAACUCGAUUAUGCCAAUUUCAUGCUUCAACAAUCGGCUCCUGAACUGAUCAAGCAUGCUUCCACAUAUGAAACCAAACGUUUCUCGGAAGAAAUGGAAGAGACCAAUAACGAUCUUACUAUUACCACGACAGCUUGGCGCGAAGCUCGUCAAAAAGUUCAUACAGAAGCAGCCCGUCGAGAUCCGGAGAAUGUUGGCUUGGCGAGAAAUAGACCUACGCCUGAGAAAAUAUAUAUUCAGAUGCUGGUAGAUAUAUGUACAUCUGCACCCGGGAGCCCAGUACCAGAAACCUUAAAGUUGGAUAUGGCAAGGAUUGAGACGGCAAGGAAAGAUACUCUUCGAAUCGUCACCACUUCAGCAAUUCUUCUACAGGCCAAAAAUAUCCUUAAGCGAGAUGUUCGAAGUCAAUGGAAAACUGAAGCUUCAAGAGUUUAUUCCGUGCUUGAAAAUUCCAAGGAAUCAGAACAGGCAGAACAAGGCAUCACAGCCGCAUUGGAAAGUAGUAGAAGCAUGCCUAUGGCUACCAAGAAUCAUAUCCGCGAAUUGGUCAAGAGAAUUAUGGCAGCAGCUUCGGCUUUAAGUUCUAGUGAAGGAGAACUUCGUGAACCGGUUAUGAAACUUUUGAUGACUAGGUUGAGAGGUUAUCUCAUUCAUAGAUUGGCAAAGGAGAAUCCAAGGAAUGAUGGGAAUGGUAAUGAAGGGAUUGCGGGGCUAGGUAUGCCAGAGUUUGUGGCGAAGAUUGGAGGGAUUGUGGAGGUGCUUGGGAAGAUGGGGAGAGUAGACAAGGAUGCUCAUGGAAUUUGGUACGAGGUUGUUGAGACUGCGGCUGCGAGUGAGGCUGAAACUUGAUUUGAAUUUUAUCUUUGAGGGAUGGUGAUUUGAUUUCAUGCGGUUGCCGGGUUGGGGUUCUAUGUACAUCCCCUUUCGGCAGGCGUCUUGGGGAUGGGCUUCAUUACCUCGUAGGAAUGGAUGAGGAUUCGGAGUGGGGUAACUUUGAUUUGAAAUAAGCAUGGGAGUUGGUGGCUUGAGGGAUUUAUUUGUUUACCUGCUUGUAUGAUUUCUUGCCUUGCUUUGGGAUGGUUAGGAUAUUAUAUCAUGGAUGGAUGGAUAUGAAUUAUGACCUUUGUUUAUCACUUGGCCUUUUGCUUUUUUGGAGGGUAAUGGAUGGGGGAUAUACAUACAGCGUGGUAGGGAUUGCUGUGGUAUUUGAUAUCACGUACUUUGUCUACAUAUAGCAUAGCAAUGAGUGCGAUGUGGUUUUUGUCCUUGGUAUAAUACAUACAUUUCAUAGGUAAUCAUGGAGUGCAGCAGCGAUGAAAUGGGCUGGGGCUGAGGACUGGGACCAGGUCAUUUUCAUAACAAACCACUCAUAAAACUCUUUCUGAUUGGUCAUAUGUAAUGUGCCGACGCUAGGGCAGGGUUGUUCCAUUUCGACUACACCAAUAUACAUCUUUUAUCUUCA